GGAAGGGAGGAAGCUUGUAGCAAGCGGCUGAAGCAAUUCUGCUCCGGCUUGCAGAUUGCAAACCCGAGAGAGAGAGAGAGAGAGAGAGAGAGAGAGAUGGCCGCGGAAGAACAGCUCUUUUAGGCCUCUUUCCAGGAAAGAUUUCUUGCAGUUUCGCCGGCGUUUCUCCCCAGCCAGACGUCUCCAGUAACUGCCCUAGCAGCCCAGAAUACCACAUUUUCCCUCAGGCUUGAAAACAUGGACAGUCUUUCUUCAGCAAAUAGCACCUUUGCCCUCAACCUCUUCAAGAAGCUUAGUGCAAAUGAUCCUACCAAGAACUUGUUUUUUUCUCCUUUGAGCAUAUCUUCUGCACUACACAUGGUCUUGUUGGGUGCCAAAGGUAACACAGAAGCUCAGAUGUCAAAGGUGCUCUCUGUAUCCAAAGAUAGAGAGAUUCACCAAAAAUUCGAGAAACUUAUUUCUGAAAUCAACAAACCAGGUGCCAAUUAUAUCCUCAGUCUAGCCAACCGGCUCUUUGGAGAAACAUCAUUCGAUUUUCUUGCAUCAUUUAUAGAAUCCACUGAGAAAUUCUACCAUGCAAGUCUGGAGAAACUUAACUUCACCCAAGCUUCAGAAGAUUCGAGAAAACAUAUAAAUGCCUGGGUAGAAGAAAAAACCUCAGGUAAAAUUCAGGAUCUGCUUGUCCCUGGAAUAAUUGAUUCGCUUACAAGACUGGUUUUGGUGAAUGCUAUCUAUUUCAAGGGAAACUGGGCAGAUAAGUUCAACAAAGAUUUCACAGAGGAAAAACCAUUCCAGAUUAACAAGAAUGAAAAAAAAACUGUGCAGAUGAUGUUCAAGAAAGCGAAAUACAACAUGACCUACAUAUCGGACUAUCAGACUUCAAUUCUUGAGAUUCCAUAUGUUGAUAAUGAGUUGAGCAUGAUCAUUCUGCUCCCUCAAAAGAUUGAAGAUAACUCUACUGGAUUGGAAAAGUUGGAGAGAGAAAUUACAUAUGAGAAACUCAUGGACUGGAUCAAUCCAGAGAUGAUGGACCUAAGAGAAAUUGAACUCUCCUUUCCCAAAUUUAAACUGGAAGAAAAAUAUGACCUGAAGCCAGUUCUAAGAAGCAUGGGAAUGACGGAUGCAUUUGAUGAGGGCAAGGCAGACUUCUCUGGAAUGUCAACUAACAAUGAUUUAGUCAUAUCUGAAGUUGUUCACAAAUCAUUCAUAGAAGUCAAUGAAGAAGGCACUGAGGCAGCUGCUGCCACUGCUGUAGUCAUGAUGUUGCGGUGUGCAAUGUUUGUGCCAGAAUUUAAAGUUGACCAUCCCUUCCUCUUUUUUAUUAUCCAACGACUUACAAAGAGUAUCCUGUUCUUUGGUAGGUGUUGUUUUCCAUAAUGGGUACAUUCUGCCUGUGUUGAUUAAAUGCCUUAAUUCUUCCUCAGAUUUUUAUAAGCCACUUUUCUUUCAUUGCCACACAUUUGAUUUUCUCUGUAUUUGGGAUAUACUUCCUUCUAGUCAUAUUUGAUUUUAAUUCUUUCUUUUCAGGAUAGAAUUAUCUUUAAUGAAUUCAAGGAAAUAAUUUUAGUACAAGGUUCUGGUGCUCUGAUUGCUAGAUAAAUUCUUCACAAUUGCUUUGAGAUGUAUGGGAAUUUGGGACGCGGGGGAUUUCACCACAUAUGCUCUGUAUAAAUUUCCAUCUGAUGAUACAUGUUACUGUUCAGUCAAUUCAGCUUGCCUUAGCACAUCAUGGUUUGUCAUUUUUGUGAUGUCAUGGCUAGCCAUGGAUGUCGCUGCUGAGCUUAUAAUGUGUAAAUAGCCCUAGAAUAAAUACACAUAACACAUUUUGGUGGUCAUAAAUAAGAAUGCAGUUGAGAAAUAUGAAUCCUAUGUUGGAACUCAAAUGUAUGGAUCAUUUAAUCAAGCCAUUGUAUUGUAUGCAAUUCAGAUAUCUAUAAAUGAUACUUACCUUAUACAGUCCUUAUUUUGAUGCAGAUUUUCAUGUAUUCAGAAUUGAAAUAAAAGCAUUUGAUUGUUGCUGUCAAA